GUAAGCUUUCAUACCAACAACAUUUCCUCUCUCUUCCCUCCUUUCUCUUUCUUCUCGAGCCCUAACCCCCAAAUUCACCAAACCCUAACUAACAAUCUCCACUCUCAGAAAUUGUAUUUACAACCUACCUUGAAUACUAAAGACUAGCUCGAAUUUCAACACUUAGUUAUACUGAAUAGCGAAUUAUUCGUGUUCGGGAUAAAGAAAGGAUGGAUUCUCAGGCGAACAAUUUGUAUGAAACGGCGUCGCAGCCGGACACCGGCAACGAUGCGUACACAUUCCUCGAGUUCAAUACCCAAGGUGAGGAUUUUGAUUACCCUGAGUUUCAGGAGCUUUCGCAGCCGAUUAGAUCGUCGGUGUGGCCCACACCUGGGGAUUCUAUUGUUUCGUCGUCAUCGGUGGAAGCGGCAGCGGCGGGGGUAGCUGAUAGACCGGCUUCAUCUUCGGAUGCUUCUCCGUCGACGAAAUCGCGAGGUGGAGGGAAUAAUGGGAGUAGUAAUAAUGGGGUGAGUGGCAGUAAUAGUCAGGUGGCAGCUGUGGAUGCUCUGGCUGCUGGGAUGAGUGGGUUGAAUUUUGAGGAGACUGGGGAUGAUGACAGCUUUGAGUAUGGGAAAGGGGAUUUUGCUGUGGAGCAUGCUUGUAGGUAUUGUGGGGUCACGAAUCCCGCUUGUGUAGUUAGGUGCAAUGUGCCGUCGUGUCGGAAAUGGUUCUGUAAUUCUAGGGGAAAUACUUCUGGUUCGCAUAUUGUGAAUCAUUUGGUGCGAGCUAAACACAAGGAAGUUUGUCUUCACAAGGACAGUCCCCUGGGAGAAACAAUCUUAGAGUGUUAUAAUUGUGGGUGUCGAAAUGUCUUUCUUCUUGGGUUCAUAUCUGCCAAAACAGAGAGUGUUGUGGUGCUGCUUUGUAGGGAACCUUGUUUGAGCGUUAAUGCUUUGAAGGAUAUGAAUUGGGACUUGAGCCAGUGGUGCCCACUCAUCGAUGAUAGAUGUUUCUUGCAGUGGCUUGUUAAGGUUCCUUCAGAACAGGAGCAAUUGAGGGCACGCCAGGUCAGUGCUCAGCAAAUAAACAAAGUAGAAGAGCUUUGGAAAACAAAUCCUGAUGCUACUUUGGAAGAUCUUGAAAAGCCUGGGGUUGAUGACGAACCUCAGCCCGUGGCUUUGAAGUAUGAGGAUGCAUAUCAGUACCAAAAUGUCUUUGCUCCACUGAUCAAGCUUGAAGCUGAUUAUGACAAGAUGAUGAAAGAGUCUCAAAGCAAGGAUAAUGUUACAGUUCGCUGGGAUAUUGGUCUCAACAAGAAGCGAAUUGCAUAUUUCGUUUUCCCAAAGGAAGAUAAUGAGUUGCGCCUUGUUCCUGGUGACGAAUUGCGGCUGCGGUACUCAGGGGAUGCGGCUCAUCCAGCUUGGCAGUCGGUGGGGCAUGUGAUAAAGUUGACUGCACAAGAGGAGGUUGCUCUUGAGCUUCGUGCUAGCCAGGGCGUCCCUGUAGAUGUGAACCAUGGUUUCAGUGUUGAUUUUGUUUGGAAAAGCACAAGUUUUGAUCGGAUGCAGGGAGCAAUGAAAACAUUUGCUGUUGAUGAAACUAGUGUUAGUGGGUAUAUUUAUCAUCACUUGUUAGGCCAUGAAGUUGAGAUGCAGCUGGUCCGCAACACAUUACCCCGCAGGUUUGGUGCUCCAGGUCUUCCAGAGCUUAAUGCAUCUCAGGUUUUUGCCGUCAAAAGUGUCCUGCAAAAGCCCAUAAGCCUUAUUCAAGGUCCACCUGGAACUGGGAAAACAGUCACUUCAGCUGCCAUUGUAUAUCAUAUGGCCAAACAAGGCCAAGGGCAGGUUUUGGUAUGUGCUCCCAGUAAUGUUGCUGUGGACCAACUAGCUGAAAAGAUAAGUGCUACUGGUUUAAAGGUCGUUAGACUCUGUGCUAAGUCAAGGGAAGCUGUUAGUUCACCUGUUGAGCACUUAACCCUUCACUAUCAGGUCCGGCAUCUUGAUACUUCUGAAAAGAGUGAACUGCACAAAUUACAGCAACUAAAAGAUGAACAAGGAGAAUUGUCCAGUAGUGAUGAGAAGAAAUACAAGGCUUUGAAACGGGCAACAGAGAGGGAGAUAUCUCAGAGUGCUGAUGUCAUUUGUUGUACCUGUGUGGGUGCCGGAGAUCCUCGGCUGGCCAAUUUUAGAUUCCGACAGGUGCUUAUUGAUGAAUCUACUCAAGCAACUGAGCCCGAGUGUCUUAUUCCUUUGGUUCUUGGUGUAAAACAGGUGGUUCUUGUUGGUGACCACUGCCAGCUUGGUCCUGUUAUAAUGUGCAAGAAAGCAGCUCGUGCUGGGCUAGCUCAAUCUCUAUUUGAGCGCCUUGUACUACUUGGUGUAAAACCUAUUAGAUUACAGGUUCAAUAUCGAAUGCAUCCUGCCCUCUCUGAAUUCCCAUCUAACAGCUUCUAUGAAGGUACUCUUCAAAAUGGAGUAACAAUCAAUGAAAGGCAAUCAUCUGGCAUUGAUUUUCCUUGGCCUGUUCCAAAUCGACCCAUGUUCUUCUAUGUCCAGAUGGGACAAGAAGAGAUAAGUGCCAGUGGUACAUCCUAUUUGAAUAGAACUGAGGCUGCAAAUGUUGAAAAAAUUGUGACUACUUUCUUAAAAAGUGGUGUGGUACCCAGUCAGAUAGGAGUUAUAACACCUUAUGAGGGUCAGCGAGCAUACAUAGUCAACUAUAUGUCAAGAAAUGGUUCUUUAAGACAGCAACUGUACAAGGAAAUUGAGGUUGCAAGUGUAGAUUCAUUCCAAGGAAGGGAAAAAGAUUAUAUCAUUCUGUCUUGUGUCAGGAGUAAUGAGCAUCAGGGCAUUGGAUUCCUUAAUGACCCUCGAAGGCUUAAUGUUGCUCUAACCCGUGCUCGUUAUGGCAUUGUCAUCUUGGGAAAUCCUAAAGUUCUUAGCAAGCAACCACUUUGGAAUAGCCUAUUGACACAUUACAAGGAAAAUGAGUGCUUGGUUGAAGGACCACUGAAUAACUUGAAGCAAAGUAUGGUUCAAUUCCAAAAGCCCAAAAAGAUUUAUAACGACCGCAGACUUUUCUUUGGUGGUGGCCCUGGAAUCAUUCCCAAUGAUACUUUUGGGUCUGUUGCCACCUCAAGUACAAAUGCAGAUAGGAGGGGCAGUCGUUCCAGGGGUUCUUACAUGCCUCCUGGCCCUCCAAAUGGUACCCAUAAAGCUGGCAUGCACCCCACUGGUUAUCCAAUGCAGCGAGUACCCCUUCCGCAUUAUCAUGGUGCCCCUCCAUCACAACCAUAUGCGAUUCCUAGUCGUGGUGCUGUACAUGGACCUGUUGGAGCUGUUCCUCAUGUUCCGCAACCUGGUAGCCGGGGUUUUGGGGCUGGGCGUGGGAGUGCUGGCACUCCUAUUGGCAGUCAUCUUCCACACCAGCAAGGUUCACAGCAACCUAUUGGAAGUCUUGGUUCUAGUUUCAACUUUCCACCUUUGGAAAAUCCAAAUAGCCAGCCAUCUGUUGGUGGACCAUUGUCUCAACCAGGCUAUGUUUCUAAUAUGACCGUUCAGGGACCAAGCCAAACGUUUAGGGAUGGGUAUUCUCUGAGUGGCAUGUCACAGGAUUUUUUGGGUGAGGACUUCAAAAGUCAAGGGUCACAUGUUCCAUAUAAUGUUGCUGAAUUUUCCACGCAGGCUUCUCAAAGUGGAUAUGCUGUGGAUUAUGUUACACAGGGUGCACAAGGUGGAUUUCCAGGAAGCUUCUUGAACCAGAGUUCCCAAGCGGGAUAUUCUCGCUUUGGAACAGGAAAUGAUUUCAUGUCUCAGGACUAUAUGGCUCAUGGUUCACAAGGUCUAUUCACACAGGCUGGAUUUAAUGAUCCAUCUCAAGAUGACACUUCACAGAACCACUUUGGGGUGCCCAAUUCCAAUCCACUUCAGUCUCAGAGUAUGCUCAAUCCACUUUAUUCCCAGCCAUUUGGCCACUACAACACACAGCCACUAAACGUGCAGGCUACUCAGCAGCAACAGCAGCAGACCCAGCAGGGUCAAGGGUCGCAAAACCAGAAACUCCACUAUAAUGGUUGAGAACAUCGGCUAGUAUACGUGACGGGGUAUUGUCCUCGCAUCCAGCAACUUGAUUUGUGCUGUCAUGUGUGAACAAAUUAUCCGUCGUAAGAUGAUGUCAGAAAUCCGAAAUAAAUGGGAUUUGGUUGAUGCAACAUCCCUUUUGGAUGAUUCUGAGUGAUUGGAUCAGCCAAUUGAUUCAAAGGAAUGCCGUGUCUUUUGGUUGAACACAGGCAGCUCAUCUGGUGCUGAGGAGAAAGAUAACCCCAAAUUUCUUCGUGAAAUUAAAUAGCUUGCAGAGAGCAUUACAUGGCGUGGUUUUGUCCGAAGGGUGGGAUCUGAUGGAAGCAAAUUCGAUUGCUUUUAAGGAUACUGCAGAUGACCCGGGAGCUACAAAAUUGCAAAGUCUUGUGCAGUCUUGCACUACAUGGCAGGAGACUCGCCUGAACCUUUCGGCUCUUCCUGACAUGUAAUUAUGCUCUAUAUCUAGUCAGUAAUUGGGUAAUUGAGAAUAUGGUUGAUAUGUGGGUUGCGCAGGCACUGUCUACACUAUUAGGUCUUUAUUAGAUAUAUGCGUUCCAUGGGUGUUCAUUGAGUUUGAUUGCUUGCCCCUUGAAUCCGAUUCAGUGGAUUCGUGUCUUGUUUGGGGGACGAGCAAAUUUGUGGAUUGUUGUUGAUCAUCCCAAUUAUAGUGAAUGGUUGAAGCUACAUGUCUAUGGUGUCCAUUUCACUAAUAUAAUCCACGCAGUUCCUUUUUCUAGUUUAUUAGAUAGGAUAACUACUGAUGUGUUGCAAGCCAGAUACCUGUUAAAGAGAUAUAGGGAUUAUACUUGAUUCGUAUUCA